UGAUUUAGUUUGGCAUCUUAGUUUGCUUCUUUAGCAUUUGUAGCUAUCCCAAAUUAGCUAGCUAACUAGCAACGACGCUAUGUUGUCGUUUAACGGUAAUUCCCAAGUGUCUUAUCUUCUGCAAGCAAAGUGGUUGGCUUGCAAUCGAUUCCACAACAACUAGCGUGUUAAUGUUAUCCUGCAUCGUGAAUGGAUUGGAGUUUUAUUAUUGGAGUAACUAGCUAGGUAGCUUUCUUGUUACAUUGUUGCAGCUUGCUAACAACAUAGCUAACUGUCUGGCCAGUCAGUAUUAAGCUGUUGCGCUCAUUACAGCAGGCUAACUAGCUAGUUCGUUUUCGUGCUGUUACUUAGGUAACUCGCAAAUGCAAUUACUAGCUAUUAGGCUACAGUAAAAUAGUUGAACAAUAACCAUAUAUAUCCCACGCUUCGAAAUGCCUGCCCCUAAAAGACACAAGUCUUUUCAGGAUCCUCAAGCAAAGAGAAGAAUGGUGGAGCAGAAUGAAGUUGCCAUGCCAUCCAACAAAACGACACCAGCCUCUGCAACGUCAAGCAACCCCCAAAGAGAAGCACCUUUGCGAAGAAGGAAUAAGAAAAAGCCCCCUGCAGAACUAAAAGAGGGAAAUAAACCUGCAGGGUCCAGCCUCCAUUCCUCCAAGACAAAAUCCACCCAAAAGGCCAGGACUAAGACCAAGUUCAAUCCACCUGUAAAGAACGCCAAGUUGCUGAAAGCCACAAGUGCCUCCUCAAAGAAUCCCAACUCUAAAGGAACCCUAAAAAGACCAGCCAAGAUCUUCAAAACUGCUUCCACAGAGUCUGAUGAGGAGCUUAUCAGAACUCAUAAACCCCAUUGCAUCAGAAAAUACUCUAACGGGGAUAGAGGUAAGCGUAAAGGGUCACAGUCUAACCUGAAUGAAGAAGUAUUGCUCUCAGACCCUGUGCAGAGGGAUCACAAUUAUGGUAUACCCUCUGCGUCUUGUGGUAGUCAUUCUGAAAUUGAGGAAAAUAAAAGGAAAAGAGUCAGAGAGUCCACCGGAGGCCCAGAGACCCAGCGAGAUGUGAAGAUGGAAACUCAAAUAUCUUCAGAACCCUUACCUGAACAAUCUGGACAGAUGAAGCGGAGCAGUGAGACACAUAAGGUGCAGGAUAAUUCCAUUACCACCCCAACAGAUGAAUUUAGUGAGAGUGUCAACACCAAGCCUGACACACAAAUGUCUCCUCCAGCAUCCCCUGAAAAAGCUUCAGACCCUAUCCAUAAGCAGGUAAACCAGAAUAAUUCGAUUACCACCCCAAAAGAGGAAGUUAGUGAGAGUUUUGAGACCAAGACUGACACACAAAUGUAUCCUUCAGCAUCCCCUGAGAAAGCUUCAGACCCCAUCCAUAAGCAGGUGAACCAGAAUAAUUCCAUUACCACCCCAACAGAUGAAGUUAGUGAGAGUUUUGAGACCAAGACUGACACACAAAUGUAUCCUGCAGCAUCCCCUGAGAAAGCUUCAGACACCAUCCAUAAGCAGGUGAACCAGAAUAAUUCCAUUACCACCCCAACAGAUGAAGUUAGUGAGAGUUUUGAGACCAAGACUGACACACAAAUGUAUCCUUCAGCAUCCCCUGAGAAAGCUUCAGACCCCAUCCAUAAGCAGGUGAACCAGAAUAAUUCCAUGACUACCCCAACAGAGGAACUUAGUGAGAGUUUUGAGACCAAACCUGACACAAAAAUGUCUCCUCCAGCAUCCCCUGAAAAAGCUUCAGACCCCAUCCAUAAGCAGGUGAACCAGAAUAAUUCCAUUACCACCCCAACAGAUGAAGUUAGUGAGAGUUUUGAGACCAAGACUGACACACAAAUGUAUCCUUCAGCAUCCCCUGAGAAAGCUUCAGACCCCAUCCAUAAGCAGGUGGACCAGAAUAAUUCCAUGACUACCCCAACAGAGGAACUUAGUGAGAGUUUUGAGACCAAGCCUGACACAAAAAUGUCUCCUCCAGCAUCCCCUGAAAAAGCUUCAGACCCCAUCCAUAAGCAGGUGAACCAGAAUAAUUCCACGACUACCCCAACAGAUGAAGUUAUUGAGAGUUUUGAGACCAAGACUGACACAAAAAUGUCUCCUCCAGCAUCCUCUGAAAAAGCUUCAGACCACAUCCAUAAGCACCAGAGUAGUGAGAAACAUGAGCAGAACGAUUCCGUGACCAUCCCUAAAUAUCAAGUUAGUGAGAGUGUAGAGAGCAAGAUUGAUGCAUAUAAGAAGUCUGCAGACUCCAUACCUGAACUACUGAAACAGAGCACUGAGACACAGGAUAUGCAGGAAAAUUCCAUGACUACCCAUACAGAUAAAGUUAAUGAACAUUUACAGACUAAGGUCGGUGCAAAAAUAUUGUCUCCUCCAGCCAUAGGCUUAGUAGCAUUUAGUAGCAGUAGUGAUUCUGAAUGUGAAAGUGAGGGGAAUGACAGGACGGGAGUCACAGAGUCAAUAGAUGUGAAGAUGAAAACUCAAGCAUCUUCAGAGAAGGCUUCAGACCCUGUCCCUGAACAGGUGAAGGAGAGCAGUGAGACGAGGCAGAUGCAGGAGGAUUCCAUGACCACCCCUACAUAUGAAGUUGCCGAGGAUUCCAUGACCUCCCCUACAUAUGAAGUUGCCGAGGAUUCCAUGACCUCCCCUACAUAUGAAGUUACCGAGGAUUCCAUGACCACCCCUAGUGAGAGUGUAGACACCAAGCUUGAUGCAAAUAUAAAGCCUCCAUCUAUAGAAGUAUAUUCAGAGGAGGCUUCAGACCCUGUCCCUGAACAGGUGAAUCCUGAACAGGUGAAUCAGCUAUACAUUGAAAUAGAGAAGGUGCAGGAAGAUUCCAUGACCACCCCAACAGAUGAAGUAAUUGAAUGUUUAGAUGGCACGCUUGAUGCAGAAAUAAUGUCCCUUCCACCGUUAGAAGCAUCCUCUGAGGAGACCCAUACAUUUGAAGUUAGUGAGAGUGUAGAGACCAAGUGUUCAGAACUUGCACCUGAACAUGUGACACAGAGCACUGAGACACAGGAGAUGCAGGGAGAUUCCGCGCCAGCCCAUGCAGAUCAAGUAAGUGAGAGUGUAGACACCAAGCUUGAUAUCGAAGUAAAUUCUCCUCCACCUGUAGAACUAUCCUCUGAGGAGACUUCAGACAUUGUCUCUGUCUCAGAACAGGUGCUGCAGAGCAGUGAGACACAGGAAGUCCAGGAAGAUUCCAUGACCACCCCUACAGAUGAACUUAGGGAAAGUUUAGGAACAAAGUCGGGUGCUAAAUUAAAUUCUCCACCCCUAGAGGUGCUUUUCAGUGCUCUAAAGGAGUCCAGUCUUUGCAAACAUCCCCUGUCUCAUACGAUGCGCUCAAAUGUCAAAGAGUUUCUGGAAGAAGAGGAUUCUUUAGAAAUCACACAAAAAGACUGUGACUUUGGUGUGACAGAGAGCAUUGAGUGUACUUUAGACCCGGAGACCCCGAUCAUUGUUGAGGAUAUGGAGAUCGGCCACUGUGUUGUGGAGGUGGUGGGAGAGAAUGGAGAUGAGGUGGAUAGUGAUCUGGAAAUCAUAGACAACUCUGAGAGGCCAGAGAAGACACUUGAGCUAACCAAAGGGUCUGAAGAUGAGUGCAGUGUGGAUAAAAGUGAAGAUGGUAUUGAAAAGAAAAGCACAAGUUCCUCUAACCAAGACAGCACAAAUUGUGGUAAGAAGGAAGCUACUAAAAAAACACAGGGUAGCCUGGAAAAACCCAAGAAACAGCAGAUGAACCCUCAGGCCCGGACCAAAGCCCGACUAGCAGCGCUAGCUGAGCAAAAGGCAGCUGCCUCUAAAAAAGCGAGCAGGCAGCUCAACCUCCUGGCCCUAUGUGAAGAAAUAGCAGAUGAUAUCGCCACUGACACAAUGUUAAUAAAGACGAAGGAGGAGGAGGAGCAGGUUGUAACAGUUAAGGCUGAACCCAGCAAGGAGCCAGAAUGCACACCGCCUGUCAUACAGGCUGAGACUGUUCCUAUACCCCCAUCUCCUGCCGGGCCCGAGGAACCCUCUCCAGCAGUAGAACCCUCUGCUGAGGAGCCUGCUCCAGCCAAGCCCCCAGCUCCAGAGCCACCUCAGAGGCGUUUCUUCAUCAGCCAAGUGACGGUACCCCUCAAAAUCCACGAGAAGAAGAAGCUUACCAGGUUCCAGAGGCUGCGGCAGGUGGAGCUGCAGCGGGAGAAGAAUAUGUCCUGGACCAUGGUGAAGAAGCUCAAGUCCGAUCAGAAGAUGAUUCCAGAGACUGAGACUAAACCUUCCCCUCCAGCAGCAGCACCGGUCCAAGUGACCACACCCCCACCACCCUCAGCCAGUCCAGCAGCACCCACAGUAGCUGCACUCUCCCCAACCAGUCCAGAAGUAACCCCAAAAGUUGAGCCCCCAAAAGUUGAGCCCCCAAAAGUUGAGCCCCCCAAAGUGACCCCCAGUAAGGGACCCACCCUGAGAAAGAGGACGCUUCCAGCAGAACCCCCGCCGAUGCCCAACGGGCUGAAAGCUCAGAAGGCCAAGCCUGUGGUGGAGUAUAAGCCUUACAAAUCCAGGCCCAAGUACUCCUUUGAUGACUUUGAAUGUGAUGACGAGCCGAAACCCACAGUGCAGAAGGCAGCAGUGAGACCUACAGCUACCACUAUUCAGAGGGCAGCAGUUAAACCUACAGCUGUUCAGAGGGCAGCAAUGAGACCGACACCUACUACCAUUCAGAGGGCAGCAGUGACACAUACUACCAUUCAGAGGGCAGCAAUGAGACCGACACCUACUACCAUUCAGAGGGCAGCAGUGACACAUACUACCAUUCAGAGGGCAGCAAUGAGACCGACACCUACUACCAUUCAGAGGGCAGCAGUGACACAUACUACCAUUCAGAGGGCGGCAGGGAGAACUACACCUACCACCAUUCAGAGGGCAGCAGUGACACCUACACCAGAGGCUGAAAACGGCAAACACAAAGACUCAAAACCUACUGUGCAGAAGCCAGAAAACAGGGGUCAGAAAACAGUAGGACCUACCGCCCUGAAAACAGUAGGACCUACCGCCCUGAAAACAGUAGGACCUACCGCCCUGAAAACAGUAGGACCUACCGCCCUGAAAACAGUAGGACCUACCGCCCUGAAAACAGUAGGACCUACCGCCCUGAAAACAGUAGGACCUACCGCCCUGAAAACAGUAGGACCUACCGCGCCGAAAACAGGACGUAUCACACAGAAAACAGUGGGACUUACCGCGCAGAAUACAGUACCAGCUGUACAGAAGGCCGUAGAGAUACCAACCCCUAUGUCCACAAAUGGUAAACAUGAGGACUCCAAACUUACCGUACAGAAUGCAGUAGCACCUACCGUACAGAAGGCAGACAUGCCUAGACCCAGUGUACAGAAGGCAGUGGUGGUACCUAUAUCUUCCCCCAAAAAUGAGCAGAAAGCAGAAGCACCACCUACGGCCAAAACUGGCAAAGAUGAGGAUUCCAUAGCACCAGUGUUCUCCCCUCCCUCUGAAGAGCCCCCAAGAGAUUCUGUUGACAAAGAGCAGUGUGAAGAAAAGCCUGCGGUUACUGAGAUUAAACCCGCAUCCCCAGAGGUCAAGACGGAGGACAAGACAACAACAGAGAAUGCCUCUGACUCUGGGGUCGUUCAAUCAGCAGGUAAUGGCAGUCCCCUCUCUGACGAACGUCUGCAGAAAGAAAUCAAGAAACUAAAGGAGACCGACAAAGACGGAAAUCAAGCCAUUAUUGAUGCAGGGCAGAAGCACUUUGGCCCAGUAACCUGCAGUGUGUGUGGGAUGCUGUACUCCGCUGCCAACCCAGAGGAUGAAUCCCAGCAUUUGCUCUUCCACAACCAGUUCACCAGUGCUGUCAGAUAUGUGGGGUGGAAGAAGGAGAGGAUUUUGGGGGAGUACCCCGAUGGCAAGAUCAUCCUUGUCCUUCCGGAUGACCCCAAAUAUGCACUGAAGAAGGUUGAGGAGAUUAGAGAGAUGGUGGACAAUGACCUGGGCUUCCAGCAGGUUGAGACCAAGUGUCCCUCCCAGACUAAAACCUUCCUGUUUGUCUCCAAUGACAAGAAGGUAGCUGGGUGCCUUAUCGCUGAGCACAUUCAGGAGGGCUACAGGGUCAUCGAGGAGGCGGUGCCCGAGGGCUCGGAGGGAGAGAAGGUGAUGUUUGAGCGUCAGAGAGCCUGGUGCUGUUCCACCAACCCAGAGCCAGCCCUCUGUGGCAUCAGCCGCAUCUGGGUCUUCAGCAUGAUGAGACGGAGGGGCAUCGCCUCACGCAUGAUCGAGUGUCUCAGGAACAACUUCAUCUACGGCUCCUACUUGAGCAAGGAGGAGAUCGCUUUCUCCGACCCCACGCCCGACGGGAAGCUCUUUGCUACACACUACUGUGGCACCUCGCAGUUCCUGGUUUAUAACUUUGUCAGUGGAACUCGUUCAGACCAACCAAGCCCUAAUUUGGUGUAACCAUUCGCAUCAAGGUGGAUUUUUGCUGAGGCCAGGUGUGACUCCUCACCAACCAACCAAUCUUGUCGUGGACAUCCUGUCACAAGCACAUUGUGGCUCUUUUAGACUGAACGUUUAGACUCAUCAAAGACUACUGUACUGACUCUUCUGAGGGGAAAUCUUGGUUUUUAAUCUCAGGUUGAAAACAACAAGGUGUUGUUUAAAAGAUUUAAAAUCUCCCUUUAAUCCCUGCAUAGUAUUUUGAGACAAAUAAUAUUUUUAUUUAUGUUUUUUAAAUAAGAAACAAGCUUUUAUUGGCAGUAUUAAAGAGUUUACAUGCAUUAAGCUUGACAGCAAUAGAAAACAAAGAGCAUUUCACAAUUCAUAGUUUAUGAAGAUACACUUCAUUUUACUCAAACGGUUCUAAAACAAUGUCCUGUUCUAAUAAUGCUUUUCAUUCAUGUUGAGCAUCUUAAAACGGUUAGAAGUUGCUAAUAUUAAGAUGAGUUGUCGUUUACACAAGGGGUUGUUCUUACACACUUCCAUGUUCAUCAUCUCUUUACUUUUAAUGAAGGGAUGCGUUGACCACCUGAGGUUCCAUUAUGUGAUACAGAGUACAUUAUUGUUAAGGUCACUCUCUCAGAAUUUAUCAGAAUGUGGUUGUUUGAUUCUGUUGAGUGAAGUUUUUACUCACCAUUUUCUUCACAUCAUGAUUGUUCUCAGUCUUGCUGCCAUGUGCCCUAAUCAUGUUCAUUAUUAAAAUGGAGAGUCCUAUUUGGGAUAGUUAUCCUCCUUAGGCAGUAAGUAGCAUGGACUAGCAGGAAGAAUAACUGAGGUAAUAAUGGUUGGAUUUCUGUAUGGGGCAUUAUUCUGUAGUGCUGCUAGUCAAGGCUCUUUGUCUAAGUUUCCUCAGAAAUAUAUCUAACUGCAGAAAUGUUAAAUGUGAGCUGUGAUAUAAGUGAAUUGGCAAGGCAGUGAGCAAUCGCUCGUUUCUGCCUGUGUAUGUUUGUGCCUACUGUGAAUCAUAAACCUCAACCUGACUGUUAGAUUUCACUGACAGACUGAUCGUACUGUAGACUCCCUCAAACGUUCUCGUCCAAACUGCCCUUAUUUGAGCCCCCCCUGAAAUCACCAUUUUUAAUAAUUGACACUUUCUUCUAUUGGCAGAAAGUUUUAUUCACAUUUAGGACCUCAUUGAUAAUACAUUAAGAUUUAAAAGUAAAUCACGUAAUAUGAAUAAUAUAAAUAAUGAUGUUGAAAAGGUUUAAAAGCUCAGGGUUAUUUGGUUUUUGAGGGAGUUGAAAACACCAUCCAUGUCAAAGGUGAUUAUCACAGCAAACCAAGGGACAGUUGCUCAGCCAUCAAAAACUGUUGCGAGUCAUACAUUUUCUGGUAUCAAUGAUUUAUUCAUCACAUUGCCCUUCAUUUUGAAACAUUUUGUUUUAGAAAUAUUGUGGGUCGUGUAAGACAACACAUUUGUUUUAUAAAGAGCUGUCAUGUAAAUAGUUAUUUAAAAAUAAAAAAAACUAUCCUGCCCUGC